GAUCUCCACCAACUAGCUGCAACCCGAAUUGGCCGACUGGCGCGCCAUAUCGACAGGAAAAACAACCGCGAUCAGAGAAAGCUGCCCGCUUUUCUGGCCCUUGGCGGUGCAACAGAAGGACACAUCAGCUGCCAAGGAAAGCUUAGAUUGCUGCCUUUUGUAGGCUCCGAACCCGGAUCCUCGGUGCUGGGGAGACGCGCCGCGAGAGACGGUGCGUGGGGAGAAAAAAAAAAUAGAACGGGUUCAAAGUGUUCUUUGGGUUCCAGCUCGUGCGAGGCGUCUUGGUAUAGAAUCGACGUCAAACAUAGAGUGAAGAUCUCUCGGGCCAUAGCCACCACAGACGAUAGAACGAUGAGGCCGUAGUCGACCAGAACGCCUCGGAAUAUACCACCAUGUCGUCGAAUCCUCCGGCGAAGCGCAAGGUCAUGGGCCGCAUCGACUUGGAUGGGGCUCAGACGCCUUCGCCGAAGGCUGUUCCCCACAUCGGCAAGGGCAGUGGCGGCAUGGGCCCAAUGAAUGCUGCCCGAUCGCCCAUCUCGUCGCCGCCGCUGAGUAGGGCUACUACUUCGUCUCACGUACGGGCCAAGGUCGACAUGUCUUCGUUGGGGGGUGUCUCAGCGCUGGCCGCCUCUUCAUCGGCCAAUGCACCACCCAUUCAUGCAGGCACUGGCAGUGUCGUGAGAAGCCGCCCGCCGAGCUCGGCCUCUGCUGCGUCGUCCACAGUCAACGGCGUAGGCAGGGCUACAUCGCCCGCCCUCAUCGUUCGUGCAGGGCCCUUCUCCCCGCAUACACCGCGGGCAGCCCUGACGACACGGCCAGGCAGCCCGUCAAAGCUUCGGUCAGAAGACGAGGGCUCAGCCGCGCUGCGAAGACCGAGGCUUCGGACGCAGAGCACAGACAUGACGCCGCCCGCAGCCAGGAUUGCCGGGUCCACUUCCUCGUCGGCCCAGGAUACCACGCCUCGAUCAAGCCAAUACCUCGCUGCAGCGCCUCAUCUGGCACAGAAUGGUGUCGCGGCCAGGCAUGGGAGGGCCCAUUCGACCCACGUUGGAGGCGCAUCGCCGACGAUGAUGACAGCAAAGACGAAGGUGGCAUCGCUGCAAUCGCCACCACCACCAACACAACAACAGCAGCAACAACAACUAUUGCAGAGGCGAUCUCCAUCGCCCGCAUCUUCCACCGCAUCGUCUGCAAGCAAGUCACCGACGAUCGCAUCAGCAGCAAUGCAGCACGGCCACCCACUGAGGAUGGCCAGCGAUGAUUCGACCGCCUCAUCGCUGGAUAGGCGAACGUCGUACGGGAGCUCCUCCGUCUCGGCUUCCCGGCCAUCGAGCAAUCUUCAGACGCCAUCGGCAUCGUCCUCUCCACCAGCAACGCUGUCCACAUCAACACCGCGGACAGUGCCCGGCAUCAAUGCGCGGUCACGGCCUCCUCUCCUCAACACCUGGAGCAGCCAGUCGGGGUCUGCGAGCACCUCGGAGCCCGUUACGCCUGCUCUCUUGUCACCAGGUGCCUCAGUUGCCACUAUGUCACUACAUCAUCGAAACACUUCUUCAACUCAACAGCACCAAACGUCCUUCAACUUCUAUCCGACGACACCGUCUGCCGACUCGGGCCACGUCAUCUCGCCCUCGAUCGAGUCCAGCGUCGCUUCGCCCCCGCUGGACCCAGCCGAGAGCGAGGCGGCAUCCGAGGCUAAACGGAACCGCAAGAUUCUCGACCUCGAAAUCACAAACAAGAGCUUGCUUGCCAUCAAUGCCGGGCUCGAAGUGAGCAAGCUCAAGCAGGCCAGAGAGAUUCGCGAGCUCAAGCGACGGCUUCGUGAGGCCAUUUCUGGCGGCGUCGGUGGUGGUCUUGGCAGAGCUAUGGGACUCGGCGCUGAAGGCGGGCUAGGACUUGGCUCAGGUGAGGAAGAAGAGGAAGAAGAAGAUGAUGAUGAGGAGGACGACGAAGAAGACGAAGUGGUGUUCAAGGAGGACGAGGAGCUCGAGGCGGCGCAUUCAAGGUGCAAGGGCCUGAUUGACGCCAUGGUGCAGCGGGCACGCGAGAGCAUCCUCCUCAAGGUCGAACUGCCCCCCGAGGUCGUCGCUGCCGCGGCUGACAGCGGGGGAGAGGCAAAGGCGGGCAACCGUGUCCUGCAUCCGGCUGAGAUUGAGCAGCUCGAAAAGGAGCGGGAGGGCGAGGACGGUCAGGAAGAGGAAGAGGAUGACGACGACGAUGAUGACGAAGAAGAAGAAGACACGAGCAGGAUGGAAGGCAGCCAUGAUACCGCCAGGCCCGAGGAGGACUCGUUUGACAAGGCCGUUCACCUGUGGUCGUCGACGGAGGAGGACAAGACAGAAGAAGGAACAGAGCAGGGCGUUGUUUGAUUGAUUUGAAUGGCCUGUGCCAUGCGACCACACCCACCACUCCCCCCAUCCCCACCCAUACCACAGACACUCUUCGCUUUCUUUCUAUUCCCUUUCCCUCCCAGGGGAUCCUAUUGAUACCAGCAGAUUAUAUUUGUAUUACAUACACACUCCCCAAUCUCACCGCUUCCG